GAAGCUCCUCCGUACAACCGCAGAGGAGGAGGAAUGAAACGGGAUCUGCUGUCGCCUUUACAACACACGAACACACACCUCCGUUGGGUGUGUAUACUGCGUGUAGGCACGAGAGAAAGCGCCGUGUUUUAGUACGCCGUCUUCACAUCGAGGAGGACUGAGAGGAGAAAAAGCUAUGCGCAAGACGUGUACAGGAGCUUUGUCGAAUCUAUUCUCGUGCAUCGGAGCCCUGCUUGAUUAAGGCGGUGUAACCCGUUCACCCACAGACACAGCACGAGCGUUUGUGUCACCCUUCUGCAUCCCGACAGGAAAACGGCGCCGUGCUAUCUCGCACGCGCUUCAUCUGCAUUUCACGGAGAAUACGUUUGAUUAUUAUUAUUAGUAUUUUUUUUUUAAACUAUGCUUGAGCAUGUCAUGUGUUGGGUUUAUAUGCAGUGAGUGAGAAUUGCCCGCCUCUCCGACACGACCUGCACGACUGCAGAGGACAAGACAGGGAGGGAGCAACCGGCCCUCAGCACCAUUCCGACUCCGUGCUCCUGACUCGCGCGCGGAUCUCUUUCAGUCAUAGUGCACGGUCUGAGACUUUACUAAUCUGUCAAGCAAGAUUCACUGAUGGCUGCGUUUUCAUGACCCAAUUGCAACAGGGAGUUCAGGAUCGACGCAAGGCUCUUAUACGUGCUACCUUCAUCAAAAUGCCGGCUGGAAUGAAGCCUCUAGAGAAGUUCCUUAAGAAGCAGACGAACGCGCUGACUCGGGCCGGUGGUUUCGGAGGAGAGAAGGCGACGGCGGGCACGAGCGCGGCUCGGCGGCGCGCCAGCCUCUCGCGCGUCGUACCCUUCUUCCGCGAGAGCUCGCCCGAGGGCGGCCCGGCGCGCGGCGACGUCUUCAGCCCCGAGACCGAGGAGGCACCGUGUUGGCCGUCGGCCGCCGCUACUGAUAUCCGGAGCCCGUCUCUGUCCAGUGACGAGCAGAGCUCCGAGGCGAGCCUGGACACCGGCUGGACCCCGCUUCCUGCCGACACACCGGAGAACCUGGCGCUCGCGCUGCUGGACAGCGUGGCGGGGAAGCGGUACGGCAACUGCACAGAAAUACUCCUGGACGACUUUAUGUUGACACACCCAAUCUUCCUGGCAUCCGACAAGUUUCAGCAGGUCCUGCUUCAGCAGUUUGGAGCUGAACCCAAGCAGGGCGAGGGCUGGCCCACCUGGGAUGGUGCGGAAAGGAAGCAGGCUGUGCUGAGUGUGGCCUUCCGCUACCUGGACACGUACAGAGAACUACUACAGGAGGAGGGGGACAGGUCCAACAGCUUCCCUAAGGACCUGUACCUUUGUGCCGUGCAAGAGCUCAGCCGCUUCCCCGAGCUGGUGGAGGACGUUCUAAAGCUCCAGCGCUGGGCUGAGAUCCUCCACAACCCGGCAGAGGAGGACAAGGAGAGUCGGAAGAAGCAGGUGCGUCCGCUCUUUCGCCACUUCAGACGCAUCGACGCCUGCCUGCAGCCGCGAGAGGCUUUCCGUGGCUCAGACGAAAUUUUUUGUAGGGUAUACACACCCGACCACUCGUACGUGACCAUCCGCAGCCGCCUUUCCUGCCGCGUUGGAGAGAUUUUGGCGCUGGUGCGAGAAAAGCUCCAGUACAGCGAGGAGCAACCGACCCAACCAGGCAACCUCAUACUGGUGGCUGUCACCUCAUCUGGAGAGAAGGCCGUGUUCCGUCCCAGUGACGAGGCUGUUUUCACCACUCUGGGCGUCAACACGCACCUGUUCGCUUGCGAACCCUCUGAGCUCGAGAGCCUGCUGCCCCUGCCUGAGGAGAUCCACUGGUCCCCGGGUGACAGCAAACUCCAUGACAUGAGUGCAGAGGAAGUGGCCAACCAGCUGGUGGUGUUUGACUGGGAGCUCUUCAGCUGUGUGCACGAGGUGGAGUUUGUGUGUUAUGUGUUCCAUGGAGAGGAGGCUCGAUGGCGCCCCCUCAACCUCGAGCUGGUACUGCAGCGGUGCAGUGAGGUGCAGCACUGGGUUGCUACUGAGAUCCUGCAGUGCCAAUCACUGCCUAAGAGGGUGCAGCUGUUGCGCAAGUUCAUCAAGAUCGCAGCUCUGUGUAAGCAGCAGCAGGACCUGCUGUCGUUCCUCGCUGUAGUUUUGGGGCUGGACAACCCUGCAGUUAGCCGUCUGCGCCUUACCUGGGAGGGCUUGCCCGGAAAAUUCAGGAAGCAGUUCCAGCAAUUUGAGAGCAUUGCGGAUCCCUCCAGGAAUCACAAGUCAUACAGGGACCUGUUGGCCAGUCUGAGGGCUCCACUCAUCCCCUUCACCCCACUACUUCUCAAAGAUCUGACUUUCCUUCAUGAGAGCUGUAAGACCUUCCAUGGGGAACUGGUUAAUUUUGAGAAGAUGCAUAAAGUUGCAGAAAUGGUGAGGAGCAUCAGGCGGUACAGGAGUACUCAGCUAGUGAUGGAAGCCGAGCCGUCUCCCUCCCACCUCCAGACCAAGGCGUACGUGCGCCAGUUGCAGGUCAUCGACAAUCAGAACCUGCUUUUCGAAAUGUCCUGCAAGCUCGAGCCCAAAGAUAUGUAACGGGGCUAAUCAUCUCCCAUCCCGCCAUUCAGACCCUUCCCUCCUCAUAACAAGCCUUUCUGCUUCUCCAUCACAGCUGGACUGCUGGAAGAGUAGUGAAAUCUGUCACGAUAUACAGCAGGAACUCCUGCUUCUCGAGUCUGGACUUUGGGACAGAGAUAAAUGUUAUACAGCACGCUUAUUCACACGUAACAUUUCUGCAACAUCUCAGUGUUUUUUUUUUUUUUUCCUUCUUCCCACUCAGUGAAGAUCUUCGAUCAGUUCCUCCAGUUUUCUCAGAUUUUUCCUAUAUAUGACAUAGUUUUAUUCUGUUUUUCACCAUCAUUUUGUGAGAUCUGUCCAGUUUGCACUGCCAUCAGUGGAACUGAAGCGAAUGUGAUCGGGUCACACUACAUUUCAUCUGGAUGCUUAUGGACUUGACGUCACCUCUUUUACCUCACACUAAAAAAAAAAAAAAAAACCCCAACUAAAACAUGAGACAAUCUGACCUCGUGGACUUUAAUAUGCCUCUACUUUGUCCUCCUUUCCCUCUUACACAAGCCAACAGAAGCACUUGGCACUUACUGUAACCCUGCAGCUCUGAGCUCUGUGUUAAACACACACCCGCUCUACCAUGAGUUGCCAAUCCAAGACCAGCUCCUUCAUGCAGCAUGAUCAGUUCCGGCCUCAGCAUAUUUAACGUGGAGACGACGUGUACGAAGGUUGAAUGAAGUUGAAACUGUCUCUCUGUGGUUUCUUACGUGUGACAUGGCGAGUACCUCCGCACAACAUCCACUGUUCGGGGAAAAUGCCCAAACAUCGUCUCCGUAUGAAGUAUGCUGAGGCCUUUAGCCACAUUGAGUGUUUGUCACAGAAAAUACACUCAUUUAGUCUACUGCAUAUGAGCGAGUGGUUUACGCUUCAUUUUAGAUGAAAGUUUUCACUAUAUUUGUAUUUAUGUAUCUCAGUUUUCUUCGAUUCUCUUAUAAUUCACUCAGUUCUCCUGCUUAUUAACAAAGGCAGUAAUUGUUAGCUUGAUUAACCACUACUGAAUUAAGCUCUUACCUGUUUCUUUUGGACUUCACAUCCUGUAUGUGGUAUUCAGUGCCAUGGCCAUUGCUCUGCUCUCACACACAGUUCAUGAUCUCUUGCCAAACCCAAAACGGAGCCAUCAUAAGCUAUAAAGCAAACGUGCUCUCAGACGGGCCGCAGGGAAAACGUCUAACCGCUGCUGGCUGCUUUUAUUCGUCUCGGAUGCGACUCUCUCAGGAUUUUCUUCCUGCUGAGAAUCUUUUGCAGAGGCCUGUCUGAAAAGCCUCCAUGUACAUAUGUUCAUGUAAAUAGCGAAAUAAAUAUGAAGACUCUAUUUUAUGUAUGAGAAAUAAGAUGGAUGUUCAACGAGAAUAUUUGUUUUGUAUAUCUGAGGAGGUAAUAACAUAUGUGUACAUUUUAAACAGAUUGAGAGUCUAAUGUUCACGAUGAAAGAACUGUACAGCAUAUCUUCUUCUUGGUUUUGUUGCAUUGCAGUUUUUAUUUGGUUCCUAGCUGUAGUACAUGAUGUGUAUAUAUACUAUUGUUUUGUUGAAUAUCUUUGGUUGUAAUUUAAAAAAAACAAAUUUUUUUUGUUGGUUUGUUUUCUAUUUUGCAGUUUACUGGAAUUGUACAGCAGGUGUUCGCUUUAGUUGGAUUUUUAUUGUUUUUUUGUUUGUUUGUUUUUUGUUUGUUUUUUUUUUUAAAGCGGGUAAUCUACAAUCUCUGGGUGUUGUUUUUUUGGUUUUUGUACAGAAGUCCGUGUUUACAGUGCCCUCCUCUGUGUCCAGUGAGGUGAGAGGAAGGCGGGUCAGGAGGAGGCACUGCUCCGCCUCCAUCUCAGAAAAAAUAAUUCCCAACAAAUCUUAAAUAAAGCCUCUUCUGAUGA